CGUCAAGAUACCUUCAAGAUAUCCCAAACUCCCCACAAAAAUGUCCAAAUCAUCGUUUCCGUUUCUCUGUCUGAUUAUCACUCUUUCAGUUACUGGUGGCAUAGUCAACGGAAAUGAAACUAAGGUUAACAUCUAUGAGCUUAAAAGAGGUGAUUUCUCCUUCAAGGCCACCAACUAUGGCGCCCGGAUGGUAUCCCUGAUUCUCCCCGACAAAAAUGGAAAGCCGGUGGAUGUUGUUCUUGGCUUCGAUUCCCUUAAGGCAUAUCUAAAUGAUGCACAAUAUUUUGGACCUGUAAGUGGUCGGGUCGCCAACCGGAUCAAGAAUGCACAGUUCACUCUUAAUGGCGUAGUUUACCACCUUGAUAAAAACAUUGGUAACAACUCCAUUCACGGCGGAUUUAAGGGAUUCAGCAAAGUUAUUUGGACGGUACAAAAAUACGUGAAAGAUGGUCCAAAUCCUUUUAUAGUGUUCCAUUACAACAGUUACGAUGGUGAAGGAGGAUACCCAGGAAGCCUUUCUGUCACAGCGACUUAUACUCUGCUUCAGUCCUACAAAUUAAGCUUAACAAUGAGGGCAAAGGCAUUAAACAAAGUCACACCCGUAAGUCUCACAACACACAGUUAUUGGAAUCUCGGAGGGCAUAACAGUGGCAAUAUCCUCUCCGAUGAGGUACAAAUCUUCGCGACGCGUUACCUUCCGACAGAUAACCAGAUCAUCCCGACAGGGAAAAUUGCACCGGUCAGAGGCACCCCGUAUGAUUUCCUUAAAUUCCGACAAGUCGGGAGCCGGAUAGCUAACGUUAAACCUGGUUAUGAUACAUAUUACAUAUUUGACGCUUAUAAUGCUAAAAAGAAGAAUGCUUUGAUAUUGGCUGCGAUUGUGAAGAAUAAUAAGAAGACUGGAAUUGGGAUGAAGGUGUUCUCCUCUGCUCCCGGGAUGCAAUUUUACACUGCUAAUUACGUGAUUAACAUCACGGGGAAAGGUGGAUACGUUUAUCAACCUCAUUGCGCGUAUACUUUUGAGGGUAUGGGUUAUCCUGAUGCAGUAAAUCGCCCAUAUUUUCCUUCAGUAUUUAUUAAUCCAGGACAGGUUUAUGCCCAAGAUAUGUUAUACGAAUUUCAAGUAAGCAAGAAAUAUUGAGGUUAAUUUAUCAUACUCGACUCAAUAUACUUGUUUUUUCAUUUUGUUUUUGCAAACUCUAUCCGUUAGAUUAAUAAUCCAGUUGAUAUUACAUCCAUAUGUCACACGACUAAAGAGGCAGGUAGGUAUGUAACAUUGGC